UUGAGAUUAAGAAAAAAAAUAGCAAAGAAUUAUUUUUGAAGAAUAGUUUCUAAUUUAAUUAAAAUUUUCGGACCGUGAUGAGUGACAUAAGCAAUUUUUCGGACGAAGAAGAUUCUAGACAAGACGAUUGUGCAUUAGUUGAUGCACUAAGUGAGAUAAAUUUCAAUGAACAUAAUAUUGAUAGUAUCAGACAAAAUAAAUUAGAAGAAAGUCAAGAACAAAAGCAUGAAAUUCAUAGUGAUCCAGCUAGUUCUAGUUCGCUAAAUUUUGUUGAUGUUGAUGAAUAUGAUUAUCUUCAUGACUCGGAAUGGAUAAAUCAAAAAUGUCAUGUCUUUAUUUUGAGUACGGCUGGGAAACCAAUUUAUAAUUUACAUGGAGAUGAAGAAAAAUUAAAUACACUUUUUGGGCUUCUUCAAGCUUUAGUUAGUGUUGUUCAGACAGAUGAUGACUGCAUACGAUCGAUAACAGCAAAAAAUACUAAGUUUGUGUUUCUAGUAAAGAGUCCAUUGAUAUUAGUUGGAGUCAAUAAAUCCAAUAGAAGUGAACAGCAAAUUUACAACCAGCUAAUGGACGUAUAUAAUCAAAUAAUUUUCAUCGUUACACUGAGUCAUAUGAAAAGUGUGUAUGAGAAACGAAAUAAUUACGAUUUAAGAAAGUUGGUAGCUGGAUCUGAAAGAUGGGUUGAUCAUUUGCUUAGAAAUGAGAAGCGUACAAGGAUAUGUAAUAGUUCUUUUGUGUCACUUACACAUUCUGUACGAAUAUUACCAAUGGAAUCAAGCAUUCGUGAUUCGAUCACAUCCACUAUUCAAUCAAAUUGCAAUAAAAUCAAAAAUCUUGUUUUUGCUGUGCUCCUCGCAAACAACAAGCUCAUCACUUUGGUUAGAAUGAAAAAUUAUUACAUGCAUACGGACGAUUUGAGGCUUAUAUUUAACGUGAUUGAUUGCUCAGAAAGUUUCAAGUCUGCUGAAAACUGGUUGCCAAUAUGCUUACCUAAAUUUGAUUCUAAUGGUGCACUUUAUGCUCACAUUUCUUACAUUUCGGAUGACUGUGAAGCAUGUCUUCUUCUAAUGACUGUUGAUCAAGAAUCAUUUCCAAUUCUUUCAAAUGCCAAAAAGAACAUUACAGAAAAACUUAGACGAGGAAAUUACAUAGAAGCAAUAAAUACAGGAAUGAAAGAUAAAGGAAUUAAAUUAAAAUCUGAUAUUGGAGUGUCUGAGAUUCGACACUUUUUCUACAAAAACAAAAAGAAUACCCAACUAUUGUGUUCUGAGAUUACAGCACCGUACAUUGAUAAUUUAGAUCAAUUUGAGAAACUGGAAGCAAUGUACUAUGAUCUACACAAUAGAAUUCAUCGAACAUCGCGACCAUUAAAAUUAAUUUAUGAAAUGCAUCAACAUGAAAUUCAGCUAGCGUGGGUGACUGCAAACUAUGAAUUAUAUGCCACAUUUGAGCCUCUUGUUGAUAAAAAGUCAGUAAUUAUCGCUCAGGUUAAUAAGCUCCUAAAAUGGAUUCGAAAGGAAGAAGACAAACUGUUUAUGACAGGCACACAUAUUUUCUAGGAGCGGGUAACGAGUUAUUUUAGGCUCCUCUCGAGCCGAGAUAACUCGUUAAAUUUUAACACUGAAGACAACUCGUUGAGAUGAAAACUUUUUAAUUGACAGGACAGAACAGGAAUAAAAAUUUAUUAACUUGUUCGUAAUAUUGGUUUUAUUUUGUAUCAUUACAUGUUUUCACUAAAGCAUAAUAAGUAUGUAUAAUUGUUUAAUUUAAUAUUAAUGGAUCGCAUAUAGAACAAUCAAUUGUUAUUAUCCUUUCUCUGAUUAAUUUAUUACAUAAUAAAUGAAUGAUGUGAUAUAUACUAGCAUUGAACGAUGAAGAAGAAUUAUAAUAAAUCAAACGAAAAAAAAAACUAGAAAAAUUUACAAAUGUUGAAAGAAUUUAAUUCAUCAUUAUCUAUCCUUUGGAAUAAACUUGUAGAUAUAACGUAUAUACUGAUUUUUAAAAGGUCUUGUGAUUUCAGUUUUUUUAUCGCACAUAUGAUUUAAUAUUUCAUUAUUUUUUUACACACAAGAUUUAAAAAUUUAUGCAUAUUCUUCACAACAACACAUUGAUUCUGAUGAAUUAAGUCAUCGAUAAUUACUAUAAUUUAUACAGCUUCCUUUUAAACUCUUCUCACUUUCUGCCUCCUUAUUCCUUGUCUCCCAUUUUGACUUUGCUCGUCAUAUAAAUUCCGACGAUGAGUCCAAAGAGACCGAUAGCGGAUCCAAAAAUUUCGACAAUAAGAAUCUUAACGAAAAGAUUUGAAUUUGCAGCAUCGGCUAAAGCAGCUCCUGAUCCAACAAUACCAACAGCCAAUCCACAGAAUAAAUUGACUAAACCGACUGCGAGACCUGCUCCAAACAUGACAUAUCCAGCCAUCCAGUUUGUUCCUCUGACUGAUUCAUUUACUGCUGCAACAUUUGCUGUAAACGGCUCAAGUCCUCCAGAUAAAACAAUGGCAGUGAUGAGACCAUAGAUAGCAACAGCUUCGCAAAAGAUGACAGAAAUCAAAUUUUUCGUCUUGAUUCUUGGUGCUUUUACUCCACCACCAAUGAUUGAAACUCCAGUUGUAUGAAUUCCCAUAGCAGCUCCAACUACUGACAAUGCAACAGAGAAUCCAAUUCCUAAGCAGGCCCACAUGUAUGGGCUAGUUUCUUCAAGGAACCAUCCAACUGAUAUUCUCUCUCCCUGACCAGUUAAAACAUGAUAAAGGAUCCAAAGUGAAACUAAUGAUGAAAUUGUUCCCGUAAACGUGUAAGCUAAUGUGUAGCGCAUUGUAAUUUCUGGAAUGUGGAUUCUCCUAGCACUUAAUAAAAGAGGAAAAUUUAAUUUUUCACUACUUUAGCUUUUCUACAAGAUUUUUCACAAUUUGUCAAUAAUCACAUGACAGUACAGUAAAAGCUUCUUACUGUAC